AUGCGCAGGAUUACUGGCGCCCAAUGGGUGAUCAACCUGGUGCGCUUCUGCGCCUCGAGGAAGGAUCUAGCAGAGGCGAGGCGGAUCCACGCCCAGAUCCUCGACAGCGAUCCACUGCGGCGGGACAAGCGCGUGGCCGAUCAGCUGGUGCUCAUGUACAGCAAAUGCGGCAGCCUGGAGGAGGCUUGCGAUGUGUUCCACACUAUGAUCGAGCUGCCGGAUCUCUACAGUUGGAACGUCUUGGCUCUAGCUUAUGCCCACCACGGGCACGCCGCGGGAGCCAAGGCCACUUUCGAUCAAAUGCCCCAGAGAAACCACGUAUCGUGGCAUUCGAUCAUCUCGGCUCACAGCAUUCUCGGCCAGGCCGAGGAGGCCAAGCGCGUUCUUGACAGGAUGCCGGCAGCGGAUCUUCUCUCGUGGAACAUCGUCAUCGCUGUGUUUGCCCAGAAGCGGUAUUUGUAUGGGACGAAGCAAACGUUUGAUUUGAUGCCUGUUCUUGACAUUGUCUCUUGGAAUUGCCUUUUCACCACCUUUGCGCACAAAGGUGGGAUUGAUCAAACUUGCGAGUGCUUUUUUCUAAUGCCGCAGUGGGAUGCGGUGGCUUCAACUGCGAUGGUCCAAGCAUAUGCCCAGUUCGGGCAUAUGGAGGAAUCCAAAGCCGUGUUUGAUCAGUCCAUGGAUCGAGGAGCUGUCUUGUGGACAAUCCUUCUCGUGGCAUACACUCACGAAAAUCUCAUUGCCGAGGCAAGCGAGAUCUUUGAUCGGAUGCCUGCGAGAGACGUGGUGGUGUGGACAGCGAUUGUGUCGGCUCUGGGACAGAACGGCGAGUUCGAUCGAGCGGCGGCGCUGUUCCACGCCAUGCCGGAGAGAAACAUCAUCUCCUGGAACACGAUGCUAGCCGCGAGCGCGAUCAACAGGAGCGCGGAGGAGACCACGGCCAUGUUUGAGGCACUGGACGAGCGAAACUUGGUGUCAUGGAACAUCCUGCUCGAUUCCUAUGCACGGAAUGGCGCGCUGGAUCGAGCCAUGCACGCGUUUGAUCUCAUGCCGGCGUGGGAGAGCGUCGCUUGGAACACACUCAUCGCUGGGUUGGGUCUGCGAUUGCGGAUCUCGGAGGCAAAGUCAAUGUUUGAUCGAAUGCCCGCAACGAAGAACAUCAUCUCGUGGACGUCGAUGAUCCAGGGAUUCGUCGAGACAGGCAGGGUGGAUGAUGUUAAAGAGUUUUUCGAUCUCAUGCCUGGAUGGGAUCCAGCGUCUUGGAACUUGGUUCUCCAGGCGUAUGCCCGGAGCGGGCAUACCGAGAGCGUCAAGAGCGUGUUCCAGGAGAUGCCCGAGAAAUCUCUCCUCGCCCACGUCUUCCUCAUCGCGGCAUUCGCCCAGGGAGGCCAGAUCGCGGAGGCCAAGAGCGCGUUCGAGCGGAUGAUCCGGCUGGACAUCACGGCCUGGAACACGAUCAUCGCUGCCUACUGCGGAGAUCACGAUCCAGGCUUGAACAACGCGCGCAGGGGAUUCGAUCGGGCUCCCAAGCGCGACAUCGUGUCGUGGAACACGAUCAUCAGUGGCUACGUCCAGCGCGAGAAUCUGGAGGAGGCCAAGCUCCUGUUUGAUUCCAUGCCCGAGAAGAACAGAGUCUCUUGCAACGCGAUGCUGGCUGGCUACUCCAAUCGAUGCCUCGCGGACGAGGCCGCGGAUCUCUUCCACUCCAUGACCCAAUCCGCGAUCACGCAGCCGGAUCGGCUGUCCCUCACGGCGAUGAUCAACGUCUACUCCAAGACCGGGCAGCUCCAGCGAGCGCGGGAUCUCUUCUCCAGCAUCGCCAAUCCGGACGUGACGCUCUGGAACGCGAUGAUCGCCGGCCACUCCAACAGCGGCGAUCUGGAUCACGGCAUCCAGCUGCUGCGCUCGAUGUGGAUCGCGGGAGUGGAUCCCGACGGCGUGACGCUCCUCACCGUCCUCGCGACUUGCGCACAAAAGGGUCUGAUCGAUGAGAGCUGCCACCACUUCCAGUCGCUGCUCACGGAUCACGGCGUCCGGGCGGAGCGAUCACACUUCUCGUGCAUGGUGGAUCUCCUGGCGCGGAUUGGCCGGCUGGGCGACGCGAUCGAUCUGGCGAUGAGCAUGCCGUUCGUCCCGGACGAAGUGGAGCUCGCAUCUUUGCUCAGUGCUUGCGGUUUACAUCGUGACGCCGACCAGGCCGCACGGGCAGCCAUGGAUUUGGGGAGCGUAUCUCCCACGCGAUCCUCGCCGUACGUGCUCCUCUCCAAUGCUUUUGUACAGGAGGUAACGCCGUUCUUGGCACCAGGGAGAAAGCCCAUUAUUCAAGUGAUGGUCAGGAUGUUUAAAAUUCUGUGCGGCAAGCAGGCUUUACAUGGAGAGCUUGGGUGGCUGCUACGGAUCUCCUCCAGGAAUCGGACGAGUGAAAGGCUGAGCGAAGGCUGGGCUUUUACGCGAUUCAGUCGCGCCUCAAGGUUGACGGACGAAGACGAUUCGGUUCGCAGCUCUGGCAUUGGUGGUGGCACACUUGUUUUUUGUUUAUGGGCGCCAUUGGAUGCCCUCCCGGCGCGAGAUAUUCCACGCCAAAGGCGCUGGCUUUGA